AUGGAAAACACACAGAAGACGCUUGCGGCCGAUGGCCCUGCGCAGGCUCACGAACCCGUGGUGAAAACCGAAAUCAAGCAAGAGUCUUCACCAGGAUUCAAAGCGCCAGAUGUUGCGGACCCCAAGCAGGCGUAUUACCAGCAGCAAAUGAUGUACUCUCGGAUGAUGGGACAAAUGCAUCAACAAAACAUGAUGUCACAGCAGAUGACAUCGGGAGGACCGCAACACGUCGUCCAGCAGCCGCAACAACAACAGCCUCAGAUGCAGCAGGGACAAGUGCCACAAGGACACGGGGUCGCCUACCCUGGUAUGAUGCGUCCCCAGACAGGGAUGCAACAGCAGCACACUCAGCAGGGCGCUGGAUGGUUCUAUCCUAUGGCUAUGUAUAAUCAACAAAUGAUGUCCGGCGGACAAGUUGUGCAUCCUCAGAUGAUGAUGAAUAACCAGGCAGCCGUGAUGUCCAAGUUCAUGCCUCAAUACAAUGCCUACAUGAACAGAGUGCAGCAAAAUGCCGAGAUAAAGACAGAGAGGCCCACUGUUCCGACGGAUGUUGCAAAGGAAGAAGGUGUCGAAAAGGUGCACAAUGGCGUUGCGGAGAAUGCUGCGCCAUCUAUCAAAACGGAAGAUACCAACGGAGACAAGCCGAAGUAUCAUGCUGAGCAGGCUCAGGCUGCGGGUGCUAAUUAUCCCGCUAGAUAUGGUAUGCAAACUCCGUAUGGCUAUGGCAUGAAUAUGCCUGUAAACCCAAUGAUGUACUACCAGCAGCAGAAUAGGCUCGUGGUUGGAAAUGCCAUAGAGGGGAUACCUGCUCUGAGGAUGGCUAACAGUCGCUUCCAAAACGUCACGCAAAUGUUGGACGCUCUAGCACAACAGCCCAAAAAGAAGCAACAACAGCAGCGCAAACCACAGUCCAGAUACGGUUCGGAGGACACUGAUUUCAAAAGUGUAGUAAACGAUUACUUCACAUCCGACGGUAGAAACGACAAUAGUGACGACGAGUUCCUCAUUGGUAGAUCGGUGAAGGAUGUCGACACCACGGCGAUCAGGCGUAGUGGACGAGCCAGAACUAAAAACUCCCUUUACGCAGAAUACACGGAAAGCGACGCAGACACUUGGGAAGAGCCGUCGGUCAAAACAACCCCGUCGGUCCCCAAAAUGCCAAGGAAAAGGCGGGAGGCAGGCAUGCAAGCAAGGCGACCACAACAAAGAUCAACAGCCAACCCGUAUUCCAAAAACAACUAUGUGACCUACGAUGACACUGACGAUGAAGAGUCGGAGGAGUUUGCAAAUGUUGGCGCUGUGGACUCAGGUCCUCUUGCGUUAAGAAACCGUAAGAGGCGCGUGAAUUACGCGGAAAUGGAACACGAACAAUGGAGUGGGGAAGACGGGGAGGAUGGUGAAGAUGAAGACGAUGCCGAGGGAAGGGAGAGGCGGCAAAAUACACAGCAGGAACUCCAAGGAGGUAUCGACCGGGUAAUCGAUCACCGUGUGAACGAAGAAGGCGUCACCGAGUAUCUCAUAAAGUGGCAAGGAUAUGCUCAUAUCCACAACACAUGGGAUGUGUACGAAGCUCUUAAAGAGUAUGGAGGCAUUAAGAGACUUGAUAAUUAUAUUAAAAAACUCAAGCAACGCGAAAGCAGAUCGCUGUACAUGACCCCAGACGAGAUUGAACAUGAAAAUAUUGAUAUGGAACUGCAAAGGAGAAUCGACGAGGACGCACUCAAAGCCGAAAGGAUUGUCACGCAUUAUGUGGAUAAGGAAAACAACGUGACGUAUUAUAUGGUUAAGUGGAGGAGUUGCACCUAUGAUCAAUGCACCUACGAGGAAGAGCAGGUCAUGAUCGAUCAUGAGUUCACCCACUUAAUACAGGAGUACAAAGAACGAGAGGAUCGCAUAUCCGGUGAAGCUGCAAAGAAAAUGCCGUGGAACACCCACUCUCUCAGUCUCACCAAAUUCGAGCCUUACCAGGAAACUCCAGCAUUCCUGGCAAACCACGACACUCGCAAACUUAGAGACUAUCAACUCAUCGGUGUAAAUUGGAUUGUGAACAGGAUGAAACGCGGCCUCAGUGUGCUUCUGGCAGAUGAGAUGGGUCUCGGUAAAACCGUGCAAACAAUCACGCUCAUCGGCCAUUUUCUCUACAGGGAAGGCCUCAUUGGGCCAUACUUAGUGAUCGUCCCUCAGUCAACCAUCGACAACUGGAUGAGAGAAUUCGAAACUUGGCUACCAAAGGCAAACGUCGUUUGCUACUAUGGUAAUGCCAAAGCGCGAGAGAUCAUUCGCACUUAUGAACUAGCGAAAGUACACGUGCCUGGAAAGGGUGAGAGAUACAGGUGCGAUGUCUGUGUAACCACGCCUUCCAUUAUUAACGCACCUCUUGAUCUCGACUUUUUAAGGAGAAUUUCGUGGCAACUCAUGGUUGUUGACGAGGCCCACCAGCUCAAGAAUAGAAACUCCAAGAGGUUUGUGGAAUUAAGACAAUUCAUGGCUGACUAUAAGUUGCUCCUUAGUGGAACCCCACUGCACAACAACCUUGAAGAGCUGUGGACGUUAUUGCACUUCAUUAAUCCCCAGAUCUAUCCUUAUUAUGAGGAAUUCAGGAGGAGGUAUGCUGAUGUAGAGAAUGCUGCAGCCAUAGGCGAAAACAAACAAAAGCAACUGCUAGCUCUGCAACAAGAACUGCACGAAGUUGUCCUAAGGAGAGUCAAGAAGGAUGUUGAAAAGUCGUUGCCAAAUAAGGUGGAGCGCAUCCUGAGGGUGGAACUAUCGCCGUUGCAAGUAGAGUGGUACAGGAACAUACUAACGCGCAAUUAUGACCAAUUGGCCAAAAACAGCGGGGGAUCUAGAUCGUCAUUGCAGAACAUAUGUAUGGAACUCAAAAAGGUCUGCAACCACCCGUUCCUAUGUUAUGAGCCCGAAGAUAGACAAACAUGGUCACAAGGUCUUGUGUACGGUAGUGGAAAAAUAUGUCUGCUUGAAAAACUUCUAAUGCGCCUUAAGGAACGCGGGCACAGGGUGCUCAUUUUUUCGCAGAUGGUGCGUAUGUUAAACAUCAUAUCCGAAUAUCUUACCCUGAGAGGUUUCAAACACCAGCGUCUGGAUGGCACCAUGGGUAGAGAAGUCAGGAAAAAGGCAAUGGACCAUUUCAAUGAUCCAAAUAGCGAUGAUUUCUGUUUCUUGUUGUCUACCAAAGCAGGAGGAUUGGGUAUUAAUUUGACUACUGCUGAUACCGUCAUUAUUUACGACAGUGACUGGAAUCCGCAGAAUGAUUUACAGGCAGAGGCUAGGGCGCACCGCAUCGGUCAAACAAAAACAGUUCAAAUAUAUAGACUAGUAACUAAGGAUUCGAUCGAACAGACCAUUCUGGAACGUGCCAAAACCAAAAUGGUUUUGGAUGCGCUUGUCGUGCAGGGGCUCAACAAAAAGGGCAACGCUGUGGUAUUAGAAGAAGGUGGUUCAAAGUGUGGUUUCUCCCGUGAAGAGCUUGCCAAGAUCCUCAAAUUUGGUGCUUCAAAGUUGUGGAGCAAGGACAAGAGUAAUGCCCUUGAAAAUGUAUCAGAGGGAGAAAAUCUAGAUAUCGAUCUCGACAAGGUGCUUGAGGAAGCGGAAGUCACUAACGACAACGAUGGGCUGGCUUCCGAUCUGCUGAGCACCUACACUAAUAUCACUGAGUUCAGGUAUGAACCGCCUGAAGAGCAAUCUGAGAUUAGCUCUGAAAAUAACAAGGAGUUCUGGGACGCCACAAUACCGCUGGAAGAAAGAGUGAAGCUGAAAAAGAAAAAAGAAGAAGAACUGAUGGUUUUGGGCCCGAGAAGGACGAGGAACAAAGACUUGGGUGGUAUGGAUAACGAUGACUUCUCCGAUGAUGAAGCUGACGUAGACUUCCAACCUAAACGCGAGGCCAAGGCGACUUGGGACAACACGGAUCCUCAAGGCGAGAAGGGUGUCGGCAAACGACGAGGCCCCAAACGGCCACGAAAGGUGGUAUUGACCGUUAAGGACAAGGUCAAAAUCUACAGGUCGUUAAGCAAGUUCGGCGUCCCAGAAAUGAGGCUAAAGGAUAUUCAUGAGGACACGAAACUAACCAAGGUUGACCCUCGCGUUAUACUUAAUGAGUGCCAGAACCUAAUUGACAUCUGCAAAACCAAGAUUAGUGAGAUUGACGAUGCUGAUGCGAUGGAACAAUCUGCGGAUUCUACCGCAGGCACGCGGCGUGCGUCGAAAGCUCUAAAAGCCUUCGAGUUAGGUGAUGCAAAAAUAUCUCCGUUGGAAUUUAUCAAAAAGCUGAAGCUUCUAGAAUGCCUUGAGGAUUGGGGUAGACAACAGGCUGGGCCUGGGUGGGCUACGUCAGACCAAACCCUGGUUUUGCCUCAUGAGGUGGUAGAGCAAUUUGCUGAUGUUAAGGAUCCUUGGACUAUGGCAGAUUGCGUGAAUCUUCUCAAACUGAUCCACAUUCACGGAUAUGGAUACUGGACCAUGUAUUGCAACGACAAGAAUCUAUGCGUAGGGGCUCUGAGUGGUAUGAAACAUGACAAAGCCAAAUUUAAGGCGCAAAAGCUACUAAAGGCAUUGUAUGAACACAGGGGCCAUCUAGUCAAAUCUAAAUUGCCAGAUGUUCCCAUGAAUAUCGCUGUGUCUUCCGCACCGUAUCGGAGAAAUAGCAAACUGGAAGAACUUGUGGUUGACGAUGAUGCCGUAGUCGGUAAAGACGAUGGCAAAGAGAACGACGUCGAGCUCAUGUUAACUACUGGCAAGCCCUUAAUGCGCGAGCACUUCGCUGCAGCUGUUAAAUGGUCUCUGCGGGAUGGAAGGGAACGCCUGAAGCGCCUUAAGUUCUUGAAAGAUCAGGAUCCCCAAGGCGACGAAUUCAUGCAAGAGGUGGAGGAAGCCUUGCCUGAACUCAAAUCGCUGAUUGAAACCGCCGUUGAGCAGUGCAAGGAUACUACUACCGGCCAAAAACUCAGGGCAGCCUGUUUGAGAUUCGUCUCCAAAUUCACCUUGAUACCGCUUGAGGAGCUGGAAAAGGAGGCGCAGUAA